AAGGCUCGUAAAGACGCAGUAGAUAAUACGAGGCACAGUUCCAUUGAAAAAGCGAUUCAAUUCGGUUCGGUGAAAAAGUUGUGUUUAAAUACUUUCAAAACUACAAACAUGAAAUUCCAAUAUAAAGAAGAGCAUCCAUUCGAGAAGAGGAAGGCUGAAGGAGAUAAAAUUCGUCGCAAAUAUCCCGACCGUGUUCCUGUUAUCGUGGAGAAGGCACCCAAAGCACGUAUAGGAGAUUUGGAUAAGAAAAAGUAUCUAGUACCAUCUGAUCUGACCGUCGGUCAAUUUUAUUUUCUCAUUCGUAAACGGAUCCACCUCAGGCCCGAAGAUGCUUUGUUUUUCUUCGUUAACAAUGUAAUUCCUCCAACAUCUGCCACUAUGGGAUCACUUUACCAGGAACAUCAUGAAGAAGAUUAUUUUCUUUACAUUGCUUAUUCAGAUGAGAAUGUGUAUGGCAAAAACUAAUAACUGGUAGAUUACUAAUCGACUGCUGAAAUGGUAUAUUUGUCAAUAUUAUUCGCCAUUAUUAUUAGUGUAACAUACCUUUAAACAUAAUUUGCCUUUUUAUUGAGAAAAAAAAAGUUUUUGGAUAACUACACUUUGUCUCACAUUUCUAAACGUCGUUUAGUUUAGCUUAUUGACUGCUGUAUAUGAUAGUGAUAUGCAUCUCGAGCAGGAACAAACUACACAUGAUUACAUUCAGUUUGUUCGCAGAGAACAAUACAGUUUAACAAUACAUGCAAUGUAAUAGUGAGAAAGAUGCAGUUUAAAAAUAGAAAGAAGUAAAGAUAUAAAAAAAUCGUGUAUGAGAAAAAAUGUGUUGAAUUCAAAUUCAUGUUUAUGUGAGUUGUAUUCGUUUUAUACACACUAAAUAAAAUGUACAAGAGUAUAUAGGUA